UUCGCCCUCUGAAGGGAUUUUAUACACCCACUCCACACUGGUGGAAAAUAAAUUGCUAAACAGGAGACUAGGGGCAAAGUCCUAUCACAGGGGAGACUGGUGUCUGCAGAGGCUGGUCAGAGAGAAAAGACCAGUGACUCAGCAGAAGCACCACUCAGAGCUGGUCUGCCAUGAGUGCCCUGGUCCGACUCCUGCAGCUGCUGGUGCUGCUCCUGACACUGCCCCUGCACCUGAUGGUUCUGCUGGGCUGCUGGCAGCCCCUAUGCAAAAGCUACUUCCCUUAUCUGAUGGUUGUGUUGACUGUCAAGAACAACCAGAAAAUGGAGAGCAAGAAACGGGAGCUCUUUAGCCAGAUAAAGGGGCUUAUGGGAGCCUCCGGGAAGGUGGCCCUGCUGGAGCUGGGCUGCGGCACCGGUGCCAACUUCCAGUUCUACCCACCUGGCUGCAGGAUCACUUGCCUGGACCCUAAUCCUCACUUUGAGAAGUUCCUGACAAAGAGCAUGGCUGAGAACAGGCACCUCCAAUAUGAGCGGUUUGUGGUGGCUCCCGGAGAGGACAUGAAGCAACUGGCCGAUGGAUCCAUGGAUGUGGUAGUCUGCACCCUGGUGCUGUGCUCUGUGCAGAACCCAAGGAGGGUCCUGCAGGAGGUCCAGAGAGUACUCAGGCCGGGAGGAGUGUUGUUUUUCUGGGAGCAUGUGGCAGAGCCACGCGGAAGCUGGGCCUUCAUGUGGCAGCAAGUCAUAGAGCCCACCUGGAAACACAUUACAGAUGGCUGCUGCCUCACCAGAGAGACCUGGAAAGAUCUUGAAGCCCAGUUCUCUGAAGUCCAAAUGGAACAACAGCCCCCUCCCUUCAAGUGGUUACCUGUUGGGCCCCACAUCAUGGGAAAGGCUGUGAAAUAACCUUGCCCAAACCCCCAAGGCAGUCAUUCACUUCCUUCUCUGCCUCCAGUGAGAACAAGCACCCACCAGCCAAGUCUGUCUUCUACUGAAGGGACCCAACAGAAGAAUGAGAGAAGCCAUUCUCCCCCCACCACUCCCCAGUCCCUCUCCCCUACCUCUGCCAGGGGUAAUCUCUAGCUUCAAUCCUGCCUUCUACAGUGAAAAAGGUUUUUUCCUACCACAACCAGAGGGAGCAAACAGUUAUGCCCUAUUGUAUCCUUAACUGCAAAUUUCUGGACUGGCCUGGCAACGUCUGCCCACCCACCCCCUAGAACGGCUCCCCACCCCUUUGCCUGUUGCCAUGGUAAUGUCCCCCUGCCCUCCUUCUGAGGCCACACCCAUGUGCCUCGACAAACUGGUCACAAAAUUCAUGAUACAUGCAUCCCUGCCAGGCCACCUAACCCUCCCUCCACCACCUUUAUCCUGAGCUGUAGGGGUGCCAGAGAGAAUCAGACUCCCUGGGGUUGAGGGAGCAGGACUCGGUAAAGAAGCCAGAGGUUUUGUUCUCAAAUAUUUUUUAAUAAAUAGACAAAACCACUAGACUGAUGCAGCAAACUAAAGUCAGAGGAGAUGGGAGACCAGGCAGGCAGGGAGGAGCCCCUGAGUCAGCGACACAACCUUCUCCCCGACCCUCUAGGCUAAGGCACUCCUUGGGUCCUGUUACAUGGAGUGAAUGGGAAAGGGAAGGAAUAGGAUCUCUUCUCCCCACCUUUGCACAGAGACACCCUGCCCUGCUCACUCUGCCCCACAGCCCCAUCCCUGAUUACCCAUUCUAGUCUCGCAGCAUUCUAAGGGCAAGUUGGGGGUGGUUCUCAUGGGUUGGGGGAGCUCUAUGCUCCUGAGGAAGCAGAUCCUGCCAAAUCUUGAUGCCAAACUAGCUAGCCACUCUACCCUCUUCACGCUGAGGGGCCAUCACUGGGGAAGGGGUGGAGGGGGCCCAUGGGCCAGGCUGGGACAAAGGAAGCUAGGCAGUGCCUGGCAUGGGGUGCCCAUCAGAGCCUGGCUCAGGGUGCCCAUCGGCAGCCAGGAUGGGGUGAGCAUCGGGGCCCUCCCGCCGGGGGCUGCCCCAGUUGUUCCUCAGGAUGGUUCCCGUCUUCUCCUCCUUGAACUGCUGUCGGUCUUCCCGCGGGAUCUUCACCGCGUGGUACUGGGGCACUGCGGCUUCAGGAUACUUCGCCCGCUUGAAGAAUCCCAUCUGUAAGGACACCAAGCCAGACAUCAGGAGCCUGCAGGGCUGAGGUCCCUGGAGCAGAUGCCCAGCACAGCACAUAUCCUUGCCCUCACCAUCCCUGGGACAGAAAGAACCAGCUGCAGCAGAAAAGACAGGCUAAACAGCAUCUAGUGCAGCGGGUAGCCCCAUCGGUGGCACUGAUAGUGCCACUGUUGGCUAUUAUACCCUCCACCAGAAAAGUAAAAUGGCAUUAAAGACCGAGAUACACAAAAUGGUGCCUGGGAAAGUUUCCCGGAAAACCCCCACCCAGAAAAAUCCCCCAGCUGCCACGUCAGCUGCCACGUCACCUUCCCGUGCAUGCGAUUUUCCCCACCUAUAAGAAAGUCCCAGCUCAGCUUAAACCCCACUCACUUGCCUCCCCUUCCUUCUUAGCCAAUAGGAACAGUCCAGCUCAGCCUAACUGGAUAUAAAAGGCCCACCCUGACUCUCCCUGCUGCUGCUCCCACUCUGGAGAGGGCAGCCCGCUUGUUCAUUUUGCCUGCCUAAUACACUUCGGUUGAGUCCUUGC